AUGACGUGUGAAACCACAUGUAUGUCGAGCCUCCUCCGUUCGGCGUCGCAUGUUUUGUCCAAUUGAGCAAAAAUAACUGAAGCCUGUUGUGCUUUGUGAAUUACGUUUAGUUGUGCAAUACAUAUAUUCUAAGAUUUUAAUUUGAUAACUGAGGAUGGGAUUAGUGCAAUCUUGAUUUUUCGCAAUUUGGAGGUGCUAGAUUUUAAGCGAACAGGAAUGAAUCUGUGGUUGUGCCCAUCGGUCACGUAAAUCUCUAUUAACUGCAGUGUUUUAUUCAUCAAUUUAUAAAAAACGUCACUUUCAACUUUAACUAUUUAUAUUUUUUAUAUCCAAGACUGAAAAUGACGCAGAAUAGCCGUUGCAUAAUAAAAGUGACUUUCUGUGUAGUGAUACUAGUCAGCUUAGGCCAAAUUGUUAGUUGUGAACAUGAAGACGCAGAACCAACAUGUUUUAGUGAAAUUUAUUGUCAUGGACGACUACUUGAUACGAUACAAAUGGCAAAAAUUUAUCCGGAUUCAAAGAAAUUCGUCGACAUGAAAAUGAAAUACUCACCAAAUGAUACUCUGGCCAAAUUCGAUCUUUUUAUGUCAGAUUUUAAAGAGAAGAAGCCUACUAGAGAGGAUGUUCAACAUUUCGUCGAGCUUAAUUUCGAAGCAGAAGGACAAGAAUUUGAAGACUGGCGUCCAGAAGAUUGGGUGGAGCAUCCCAAGUUCCUGGAUAACAUUCAGGAUCGGGACUUUCAACGCUGGGCGAAAAAACUCAACCAUAUUUGGACAACUCUAGGGCGAAAGAUGAAAGACGAAGUGAAAAGCCAUCAAGAACAUUACAGUAUUAUUUGGAUUCCUAAUCCAGUCAUUGUCCCGGGCGGAAGAUUUAGGGAAUUUUAUUAUUGGGAUAGUUACUGGAUCCUUCAAGGGUUGAUGCUCUCGGAAAUGCAUCAUACAGCUCGAGGAAUAUUAGAGAAUUUCCUUUAUAUAGUCGAAAAAUAUGGCUAUAUACCAAAUGGUGGCAGAAUUUAUUAUCUCGCACGCUCCCAACCUCCACUUCUAAUACCCAUGGUAAACAUGUAUUACGAAUUCACUCGAGACGCGACUUUUAUACAGCAAAAUCUUCCGACAUUGGAGAAAGAAUUUGAUUACUGGAUGACUAAUCAUUCGAAAGUAGUACAUCUAGACGGAAAAAAUUAUACUCUAGCAGUUUAUGGAGACAGGUCUCAAGGACCAAGGCCUGAAUCUUAUUCGGAAGACGUUGAAAGCUCCAACAUUUUUAAGGAGCAAAACAAAAAAGAAGCUUACUAUUCCGAGUUGAAAGCUGCUGCCGAAUCAGGCUGGGACUUUUCAAGCAGAUGGUUUAUUACUAAUGCUACCAACAAAGGAAAUCUUACAAACAUCAAAACGCGAUCAAUAGUGCCCGUAGAUCUAAACGCUAUGAUUUAUUGGAAUGCGGUUCUGCUAGCUGACUUCAAUAAUUUGUUUGGAAAUGCUGAAAAGGCCAGAUAUUACAGCGAUAUCGCUGAACAAUGGAUAGAAGCUACAAAGGCUGUUCUAUGGCAUGAAGAAAUAGGCUCCUGGCUAGAUUACGACUUGCAUAAUCAAGUCAAGAGGGAUUACUUCUACCCUACUAACAUAUCACCUUUAUGGACUGGCUGUUACGAUAAAUCAGAAAAGGACAGCAUCGUUCGAAAUGUGCUCAAAUACUUGCAAAAUAAGAAGAUUCAGUACCCGGGGGGCGUGCCCAGCUCAGUGGAGCAUACAGGGGAACAAUGGGACUAUCCUAAUGCUUGGCCUCCACUCCAACAUAUGAUGAUUGUCGGCUUGAACAAUACAGGCGAUGAAUAUGCUGUGCGGUUGGCGUAUGAAUUAGCUGAAUCUUGGGUGCGGUCUAACUACAAAGCUUUCAAGGAGAAAGAUGCUAUGUAUGAAAAGUACGACUCCACCGUAUUCGGUGUAGGCGGUGGUGGAGGAGAAUACGAGAUUCAAUUAGGUUUUGGUUGGAGUAAUGGUGUAAUCAUGGACCUCCUCUACCGAUACUCAGAUGUAUUAACAGUCGAUGACCCGUCAUUACUUUUGACAUCAAGCGUCCAGGAAGCGAAGGUUUCCAGUUCCGGUAUUAGUUCAAUUACCACAGCACUAAUAGCUUUAUUGGUGUCCUUGUCCGCAGGAUUCAUAGGCCAGUGGACUCGAAAUGUAGAAACGCUUGUGACCGAUAAGGGACGAAAAUAACUUCAAUGAUAAGAGGCAGAUCGCUACAGGACCUUUAAGAGAAUCUCCAUUAUCCGCCCAAUCAGGGUGGAGAAUAUUAUCUGAUAUAGCGACAUUUUUAUUCCAAGCUUCAUGACAGAAAACUACGAGCACAUUAUAGGCUAUUCACUAGACGCUACAUUUUCCAUAUUUGUCAAAUCGCUUGAUUUACUCAUGAAUAUUCUCAAAUUUCACGACUGCAGCCAGUUCCGAACUCAAUCUCGAAGAUUUCUGUCAUCAGUUCACAUUACAUUACAUUUUACCAAUAAUGCCCAAGUGCUGAUAUUGUACAUCACAAAAUAUUAUUUUUCUUGUUUAAAGAAAAAACUGUUAAUUGUUCUUGCUCUAGAAUCUAUUAUUAGAAAAUAACAAAAUUUCUGCAUUUAUUAAAUUCAAAAGAUUUUAUUUCUGGGUAUAUGAUAAUGUUCUUCGGAUUAGCAUGUAAAAGAAUUUCCUAACUAAAGCAUUCAGAUCAUGCUAAUUUGUUUCAUGUUCUCACCAGCAGCUGUUACUGCUGAUAUCCUUUCGUCUAUCUACCCUGUAUAUACUGAAUGAAUGGAUUUCUGCGUUAGGACAAUUGUUUAUUUAUUUAUUUUAACUAAUAACGUUCGUACAUCGACUACUAAAAAGCAUUUUGACAUUUUUCCUAUUUGGUUUAAUUGCUUAAGGUUUACCUCGUUUAUCGAAUCUCAUAAGCAUUUGUUUAAUAGUCUUUAAUUUGAUUCAUGGCAUUAAUAUAAAUAUAAUUAGUAUCUAUUAGACGAAUUGUAGGUAAAAGAUUUGACGAAAAAUAAUGUAGGAACCAUGUGAUAUGUGCAUUAUUUCAGCCAUAUAUAGUAUUUUAAAUAAAAUUGUUUAUUGCA